GUGUGUGUGUGUGUGUGAGUGUGUGUGUGUGUGUGAGUGUGAGUGUGAGUGUGUGUGUGAGUCUCUCUCUCUGAGUGCAGUUGGAGUGUCGGUGGGAUGAUGAGCAGCGUGCUGAAGGACCGACACCACCAUCACUACUCUGCAUAUAAAGAGCCCGCAGACGGGACAGACCGGCAUGGAGGAGGCAGCAGCCGCUUAGCGCAGCUCAGCAGCGGGGAAGGAGGAGGACGAACACCGCGCUGCACCUGCCGGCCCGGGAGACCCGCAGCAGGCAGGCAGGCAGGCGGGAGCACAGAGGAGGAUCUGGACCAGGACCUGGACCAGGACCCGCUGCUUCUUCAACUUUCCUCAACUUGUCUGCGGAGCUGCGGCUCCGGCAGUGCGCGUGAGACGCGGGGCCAUGCGUGCCAAGCAGCAGAGCGCUUCGUGUUCGUGCGUAACGGCGCGCUGAAGAGUUUCCACUGUUUGGACAAAGUUUGUGAAGAGUGACCGGACACGGUUCUGCUCUCAGCGGACUGACACUGAACUCGGCCCGGUCCGGUUCGGCCCGGUCCGGCUCAGCAGAAGAAUGCCUCGCCCGGGGAGGAACACGUACAGCGACCAGAAGCCUCCGUACUCCUACAUCUCCCUGACGGCCAUGGCCAUCCAGAGCUGCCCGGAGAAGAUGCUCCCCCUGAGCGAGAUUUACAAGUUCAUCAUGGACCGGUUCCCGUACUACCGGGAGAACACGCAGCGCUGGCAGAACUCUCUGCGGCACAACCUCUCCUUCAACGACUGCUUCAUCAAGAUCCCGCGCAGGCCGGACCAGCCCGGGAAGGGCAGCUUCUGGGCUCUGCACCCGAGCUGCGGCGACAUGUUCGAGAACGGGAGUUUUCUGCGGCGCAGGAAGCGCUUCAAGGUGGGCAGCAUGCAGGCCGCGGACCCGCUGGCGCCCAGCAGCAAACCGCACGACGCCGCGCACUACCUGCAGCAGCAGGCCAAGCUGCGGCUCAGCGCGCUGCACGCGGCCGCGCACCUCCCGCAGAUGCCGGGCGGGUACAACCUGAGCCCGGUGACCCCGCAGUCCAGCUUCAAACACCCGUUCGCCAUCGAGAACAUCAUCGCCCGAGAGUACAAGAUGCCCGGCGGGCUGGCGGCCUUCUCCGCCACCGGGUACCCGCUGCACAACCAGCUGACCCCGGCCUGGCCGCACAUGUACGGCUCCGGGAUGAUGGACACCGCGGCUCCCAUCUCCAUGGCCACCAGCGACUACUCGGCCUACGGCAUGCCGCUCAAGUCGAUCUGUCACGGGGGGCAGACUCUGCCCGCCAUCCCGGUGCCCAUCAAACCGACGCCCACAUCGAUGCCGGGGCUGCCGGGGCUGCCCACACACAUCCCGGCUUUCCUCGCGAACUCGCCCCAGUCUCUGAGCCCCACCUCCCCGCAGACGGCCACCGGUCAGAGCAGCCCGGCCGCGCCCGGAGAGGCGCUGUCCUCCUCGGCCUCACACCAGUCCGUGGUGGCGGUGCACUGACGGUGUUUUUUAUAAAAAACUGCACCGGGACGCAGCGCGCGUAAAAGGCGAGGACGCGCGUCACUGUUUGGAUACUUCAUCUCACCGUGACCUCUGACCUCCACCCAACAAACACUCAUUAUUUUAUAAUUGUUGUGUUUCCCUCCUGAUGAAGCUCAAACCGGGUCCAGGUUUGUCGGGUCGUGUCGUGACAAAUGAUCCGGAUCUUUUGUGUCUUUCAGCCUUUUCUUCUCGGGCUGAAAGAAAAGUCUGAGAUUAAUGAGCUGAACACUCUGUGCUGUCUUUAACCGCACACACACACACAGCAACAAAAGUCCAGAUUGACCAAAUAAUGAGCCUCCUCUGUCCAGAUGUUUUAUGACCACAUGAACUGAAACCAUAGAUUCAUGUCAGAGGCUGCAGAUCGGAUGCGCCUUGUAAAACAGUUUUUUAUCCUGACAGCCUGUUGGUUCAUUUUUAAUUUAAACUUUUGAAGCUGUGACAUGACCUGCUGUCUGUGUUUGUACUGCUGCAUGCUCCUGUCUGAAAAGUACAAAUAAUAAUUCAUAAUAAUUCAGUGUUUGUAACAAAAAAGGCAUGAACAUGAACUGCUCAUCAGAUGCAUCCAAACAAACCGCAGCUGCAUUUCUUUCCUCAACGUUCAAACAAAUUAUGUGGAGUAUCAUUUUAAUCUCUGAACUGAAACAUUCAGAUUAAAACAGAUUUUUUCUGGGUGGUUCUGAAAUGAUUUAAAGAAAGUUUCUGUUUAAAUAUGAAACAACAUGUGGAGACAGAAUUCACGUUUUUCUGAAAUCUGCAUCUUGUUUGAAUAAAAACAUUUGAUUCAACAAACAUGAAUUCUUUUCACGUUUUUAUUAUUCAGCUGAUCUGAAAAUCAAAUGUUUGACGUUAAAACAGUAAAUUACUGUAAAAUAUCAAAUUAACGAGGUGUGUAACGGGCACGUUACAAUGACACAUAUGUUCACGCAUUAUCUGUUAUUAUAGAGAAAUUAAUUUGUACGAACACGUGAGCACAUAAAAAACAAAAGAUAAUUUUAAGUUGAAAUGUUUUUUCAUAUUUUCACAUUUUGUACAAAUAAAAAAGAAAUCGAUCAUAAACAUUAGUUUGUUUAAUACGUUCAUAUUUUUGAUGUCUGAUUACACAUGAAUGAAUCUGUAAUAAUAAAACAUUAUUUAUACACAGACGCGUCACAGACAAAAGCUUUAUUUAUACGACAUUCAUAUGUUUUUUUUUAUGUUAGUUAUUUGGUAAAACAGCGUUUCUUGUAUUUAUACAGUAAAAUAUGACACCAACCCUAAACAUGCUUUACUGUCACGUUAGAAAAGGUUCCACUGUAUUUAUUAUUAUAACUGAAACAAACAUGUUCACAUAUUUAUAACAGUAUUUCCUUUUUCUACAAUAUCAGAAAACAUUUUGCUGUAUACGUGUUUUUCUUUUUUUUUGUCUUUAAUCUUCAGAUGAGUGAAAUAAACGGAAUAAAUCAUAAAUAUUAGUGUGUGAUCAUGUUUUAUUACUGCUAAUUAUACACGAGUGAUUCAGUGACAAACACGGCAUCAUAGACAGAAUAAUGUUUCAACUGACAGACAUAAUUAUACAGAAA